AUGUGUAUGGACUACAAGGACCUCAAAAAGGCAUGCCCCAUGGACCCCUUCCCGCUCCCCAACAUAGACCAACUGGUGGACAAGACGGCGGGAUGCGCACUCAUGAGCUUCCUAGACGCCUUCUGGGGGUACCUCCAAAUUUUCAUGCACGAGGAUGACGAAGAGAAGACGGCGUUCACCACCCCCGAAGGGGUCUUUUGCUAUCGGGUCAUGGCAUUCGGGCUCAAGAACUCGGGAGCCACGUACACAAGAAUGGUGGCCAAAGUGUUCAAGAAGGUCCUCGGCCGGAACUUGCAAGCUUACGUCGACGACAUGAUUGUGAAAAGCACGGAGGCUGACCUCCACAUAGCCGACUUGACCGAGAUAUUUUCCAUUAUGAGGCAAUUUGAUUUACGUUUGAACCCCAAAAAGUGGACUUUCGAGGUACACGGAGGGAAAUUCUUGGGUACAUGGUCUCAAAGAGGGGCAUUGAGCCCAACCCCGAGAAAGUCAAGGCCAUCCUAG